CUGAGGUGCUAAACCCACUGGUUUAAUCAUAAACACCAUCUUCUCUCUUUUCACAAUGGUUUCAACAAACACCUCAGAUUUCUUGUCGAGUCUUCAUGAUUCCCUUUUGGUUACGAUAAUCUCGUUGUUACCGUUCAAAGAAUCAGUACGAGCGAGUGUUCUUUCAAAGAGAUGGAGAAAUCUCUGUCGUGAGACGACAAGUCUUGUCUUCAAAGAGUCCGAAUUUGUUACACUUUCGGAGUUUGAUAGAUUCAUCGUCGAACCCUCAGUUCGUGGAAGGGUUUUCUUUGUUGGUGUUAUGCUUGACUGGGUCUCAAAGUUUACUGGCAACGUUAUCGAAAACUUUGAGAUUCAUCUCUUUCUGCCCACGGAUUUCGAGAGAGAUCUAAUGUCUCUCAUCGAAUUCGCCACCUCCCGACAAGUCAAAAACAUAGUUCUUAAUCUCUCAGAUCGUACCCCGACAGACUUAAUAAGCUCAUUUUUAAUUUGUAUAUUCAGAUCCCAGUAUCUUCAGAAGAACGAACAAGAUGUUUCUUAUCUCCUUUUCAAUCUUUUAUAUGUUAGAUCUUUAACCGUUUGCUCUUUCUUCCUUCAGGUGAUCCAAGAUUGUGACUAUCCUAUGGCUUUGCAUGGUCCGAUGAAAACUCGACAUUUGGUGAUGCGAACAAAUAUGCACCCAAAUGACUUCGGAGGAAUUAAAAUAUUUCUCAAUAGCUGUCCGGAACUGGAAUCUCUCACUUUUGAUUUAGUUACUACUAGUCCUUUCGUGAGAGUUUGGUCUUCAUUGGUGAUAGAUCCGGUAACGCAUUGGCUUACUAGCAAAUCGUACGAUUGUUUGGAGAAAACGCUCAAGGUUGUGAAGGUAAAGAACUUUCGUGGAAGCUCGAAAGAGUUACAUUUGCUUCAAUACCUGAUUCGUAAUGGGCGUGUGCUGGAACGAGUUGACCUGUACGAGGAAAAGGGAUUGGACCAUAAGCAGAAGACGUGGAUAAUGGCUGGAGUCGAGGAGGUUCAGAAGACUCUCAAGAAAGAUUCGAGUCAUUUAAAAAUUACUCUAUACAAUGCUUGAUUGAAGCAUUUUCUUGAUUUUCUGGUGAAAAGUGUAGACUCAUUGAGUGAUCUUU